GCGACAGAGAAAAAAGUGAGGUUAUGUCGAAGUAGGGUAGGGGGUGCGGGGGAGGAGGACAAAGUAAAUAUAUGUAUAAUGAUACAGAAGUCAAAUAGUUUCCAAAAUUACAUAACACGUGCCGCGAGGGAUGAGUAAAUUUCAGGUGCUUUUUUUGGAAAAGUGUGGAAACGAGAGCUUAAAUAUCGCGGAGGAGAAGAAACUAUCACACGACACCUACUGCCCCUCCUCGUCAGCCAAGAAAAGACUACAUCACGCGCGGUAAUCAUCGCAGCUGCCGCGAGCGAAGAAAUAUAAGAAGCGUCGCGCACUUCGUCUACGUAAUUGUCGAUUUCUAAUAGUAAAGGAAGGACGCGGAGAGUCGUCUAAGUAAUACAGUGUAGAACACAAGAUAUACACAGUAACUACAGCACCGCGUUUGUUUUGACGUAACAGGGGCACACACUUGCUGCUCUUUCAUCUAGAUCAUCAUUACUUGUAAACACUGGCUAUCUUUGGAGCAACUGAUAGUGUGAAGAAAUGAGGAAAGUUGAAUUGAUUCUGAUGCUGCUUUGUACUUGUGGCUUGGAUUUCUAAGCGAUACUUUAUCUUUAGGUUUAUCCCCAACUACACUACAUUGGCUUCUGUGAAAGCUCUGUCAAGAUGUCGUUAUCCGAAGAUAUCAGUGCAAAGUUGAAAAAGGUUUUUCAACUUUUCCUGUCACCAGACUACAAUGUCGUUACCACUACUUACUUGGAUUUGUUAUUGACUCAUAUAAUUGGCGAAAUAAAUAAGGGUAAUCAAACUAUUUUGCAAGAUACACAGAAUUGGUUGAUUAAUGCGGUCAAUACAUGGAACAAAGAUUCAAAGCCAUGUCAAAAUGUAUCAAUUUUUACUAUAAAACUGAUUGGCAUGAUGUCAGUGAAAGAGACAACGUUCUUAAACUUGUCACAAAACACUGUGCAUGAUAAAGCUUGCUCGAUCUUCCAAUUCCGAAUGGACAAUUUGUCUCCCUCUGUCAAGAUGGCUUUUGCAACAAUGCUUUCAAACUUGCUAGAACAUCAAAGUGGAAGACAUUGGAUAGCAAAUACAGGAGCUUGGAAGGAAAUAUUAAAGUUUGCUCAACUGAAUCACACAUUGUACUUGACUAGAGAAAGCUAUAAGUUCCUUUCUAUACUACUUGUUAAAGAAAGCAACAAUCGAAGUCUUUGUGAACUAAUUAUUCUUGCUAUCACUGAGCCUCUGGUAAACUUAACAAUUAAUUCACAAGUCGAUAACCUUCAAGUUUCAUUAGGUAAAGAUGUUCUUUCUGAUCAGAACCAGCUCUUAGUUGCAACUUUAGAAUUGCUCUUGGCCAUAUUAGAAUACACCCUUUUUCUUGAUCUUGAAAAUCCAAUACCUGAUAUGUUUGAGGAACUUACGAACAUUGAAAGCCGUGUAAGAACCAUAUUUGAGGUGAGCAUCAGCACACCUUUCAUGAAAACUGUUCAUAAGCUGUCAAAAUUGAUCAACUUUAUCAAACUGAGAAUCGCACUAAGGAGCUCAGAGACUAUUGAUGAAAAAGUUUUCGAACAAUUUUGCCUAGGAUUGUGUUUUAAUAACACAAUGCUGUUAUCAAAAAAGUAUAUAUUAGAUUUAGUGAUUUCAAACAAAUUAGGCAUCAUCUACUGGAAAAGGUUGAAAAAACUGAAGACUUUUGAAGUACCUCCACCAUAUAAAUUUGAAAAUCAAGCAAUUGCAUUAAUGAUUUUGCCAUUGUGUGUAACAAUGAAACCUACUUAUAUGAAAGAACACUAUCUCUUUGAAGAAUUUGUUGAAAAACUUUUCGAUGUUACUUGUACACCAGUACAAAGACUGGCCUACAGUAUAAGAGACGUUAUUCUGAAGAAUGAGUUUCCCAUAGAGUAUAUAUGUAAGUCAACUGUCGACCAUUUGUUGGAAAUUAUCGACAUUAUGGAUCGUGAGACUGCUGUAAUAUGUUUUCAAGUAAUGUGUCAUGCGCUGAAAAACUUUGUCACGGAAAGUUCUCAAAAUUCAAAACAAAAUGAAAAGCCGACUGGUGGGUCGACAGAAACGGCGAGGAGUCCUCCAAGUUACCAAAGGAAAAAGCAACAACUUCACUUCCUCGAUGGUGAUCCAAUUAACGACAAACAGACACUACUGGCUGCGUUGCUCAACGGUCUCAACGUAAUGACCGAAAAAUUCAAACUCAAGUGGCGAGAAUGCGUCGAGACCAUAUGUUUACUCGCCAUUGCCCAGGAUAUUCUCAAUCAUCCUGGUGUCCAUUCCAAGAUCUGCACGCUCGCUUUAAAAACGUGCAGACUUGCGAUUGAGAACUUGAUGCCACCGAAUCUCGCUCUACUGUCUGUGGAAUUUGACGAGCAAACGAGUGAAAUUGGGCCUACCCUGUACAAGAGGCUACACGACCCGAAUUGGGAAGUGCGGGACAGCGUAUUCGAGAUUCUCAACACUAUUGCUAUUCUUUCCGAGCACAAGUAUCCACCUUACCAGUGUCUUCUACUGACAAAUAAAUUUUUACAAGUGGCUGUUGACAUCGCGAGCGGAGACAAAGAAAGUUACGUACGAGCUUCAGCUUUGACGUUUAUCUCUACCACGGUGCGAAUAAGCACACUUUGGGAAAAGUUGCUCUGUCAAUUAAAUUUACCGGAUUUGGCGAUAAAGUUGGUUUACGAGGAAAGCGAAGCCGUCGUCAGACGGGAGGCAGUGGUUCUCAUAAAAGAGUUGUAUGUGAACAGAAAGUGGCAAAAGUGUAUGAUUAGCACGAUGACCAAAGCGAUGACUAUAGCAGCCGUGUUGGAUCUUCACUGGGAAGUAAAAGUCAACGCAUUGGAAUUUUGGAGGCAUUUUAUAAAGUCUCACUUGACCGAUCAAGGUAUGCUCGACGGACAUUUCCCGAACGUCACUUUCUCCAAGGAACAUCGAAAAAUCGUUUCACUGGAUGAAACAGAAAUCAAGCAGAGACUCAACAAAGCUCUUGAUGAACUGUCGAGACAGCGAUGUCUUGGGGUGCUGCUGGUGACCCUAAAGGACGACAGCGACUUUGAGGUGGCCAAGACCUCGGCCAACAUAAUCGCAGACUUGCGACGCGUGCUGCUCCAGUACAAAAUCGACGAGCCGGAGCCCGCAUCGCCUUCUCCCAAAGACAGCGCUAUCUUUGAUACUAAUUACAAAAAACGUCCCCCUCCUUCCGAUCUCGACGCCGAGCCUCCUGGUAACAAGGCAGCGAUAAAUAUCAUCGACGAAAUCGCCAACGCCGAUGACACCAACCUGCUGGCUUCCAUCUAUCGCGAAACCAUGAAAAUGGACGGCGAGGAAAUGGACAAGACCAGCAAAGAGAUGCUCGAAUAUGUUGGCUCCAUCAAAAGACAGGCGUUCCUUACGUCGAUUCUCAAAUUCGAUCUGGAUACCUACCUUAAACAGAGAAGCGAUUGGCUGCAAAACUACACAAGCAGCUUCGACUCGGUGCUCGACGAUAUUCUGAUCGUUAGCGAAAACAAGGAUAUUAAUCAAAUGGAUUGCUAUUAAAAAACGAAUUUUGUUAUCUUAAGAUUUUUAAUUUUUUAAGAAAUUUGCCGAGAGUUGUGGGCUUCAAAUGAUAUUUAGAUACAAUACAGAAAGAUAAGGCAUAGCCUUGUUCGUUUGCUCAUCUAUUACUGAACUCUAAACCCUGACUACUUGGGAAAAUUAUUUUUUUCUGAGUACAAGUUAUAUGCGAGUGAUCCGAGAUAAAGAGUUUUUAUGGUGCUUCUUUCACUUUUGGCUUAAUAUGAUCAGAACAAAUUGAACACGCUAAGUCUUGAAAAUAAUAAAUGUAAAUAAAGUUACUAUUUUAUGUCACAUUCCAAUGAAUUUGUCCAUUUUUGUAAUAAAUAUUGUACGAAUUUUUAUAUAAAAUAUUAUGGUAUACUGCAACAACUAUGCGAAUUUAUAUAAUCAAUGAGUCGAAAAGUAAAAGUUAUGCAGGAAGUAUGUAGGAAGUGCCUUAAAGUUUUCUUAGUUUGUUAUAAUAUAAAAUUUUGUACUUACUGUUAUACUGUUA